AACAUAUAUGUAUCAAUUUUCGCUGUGGCCACACCAAAGCGAAAGAGCCAAGUUUACUUCACACUCAUAAGAGACCUUUCCUCGGCGGUAGUCGAAAAAGCGGAAUAACGAGACAAGUUCGGAAAAAAGGAAAACCAAGCCGCAGAUGACGCUGAAUAAGGGGGAAUCACCGCAGCUGUGGCUGCUCCUCCUACUGGCCUCCAUUUCGGGCACUUUAUGGGCUUCAGUGGCCGCUAGGACAGGACCCUCCCAUGAUAAGGUGGUGGUUUGCUACAUUUCCACAUGGGCUGUUUACCGUCCGGAGCAGGGCGCCUAUGCCAUCGACAACUUCGAUCCCAACCUGUGCACCCAUGUGGUGUACGCAUUCGCCGGUCUGGACCUCACCCAGGCAGCCAUCAAGUCCUUGGAUCCGUGGCAGGACCUUAAGGAGGAGUACGGCAAGGGCGGCUACGAAAAGCUGACCGGCCUGAAGCGCAGUCAUCCGCAUCUGAAGGUCAGCCUGGCCAUCGGCGGUUGGAACGAGGGCUCGGCCAACUACUCCAUCCUGGUGGCCAACAGCCUGCUGCGCGGCAGAUUCGUCAAGCAGGUGUCCAGUUUUGUACGCAAGUACGGCUUCGAUGGCCUCGAUCUGGACUGGGAGUACCCGACGCAGCGGAAGGGAAAGCCCGCCGAUCGCGAGAACUUCGUCCUGCUGACCAAGGAGCUGCGCGAGGAGUUCGACGAGCAUGGCCUGCUCCUAACCUCGGCAAUCGGGGCGGCUAAGAAGGUCAUCGACGAGGCCUACGACGUGCGGCAGAUCUCCCGCUACCUGGACUACCUGCACAUCAUGUGCUACGACUACCACGGCAGCUGGGACCAGAGGGUGGGCUACAACGCCCCGCUCUCAGCGGCCGCCGACGAUCCGCUCAGUGUGCAAUUCUCCAUUGACUACCUGUUGAAACUGGGUGCUCCGCCCGAGAAACUGGUGAUGGGUCUACCCUUCUACGGCCGCACCUUCAAGACGGUGGCCGAGGGCAAUCUGAACGACAACAGCGAUGGAGUUGGCUUCAAGGGUCCUUAUACGCGCGAGGACGGGUUUCUGGGCUACAACGAGAUUUGUAAGACGCUGAGCAACCAAACAUCCGGAUGGACUCGCCAGUGGGAUCCAAAAACUAGCCAGGUGCUGGCCAAAUCGGAGCGGAACAUCUUCACCCAGGAGGUGAAUGUGGUGACCUACGACAGCUCGCGUUCCAUUGCCAACAAAGUGCUGUUUGCCAUGUCCAAACGACUGGCGGGUGUUAUGGUGUGGUCCGUGGACACGGAUGAUUUCCUGGGCAACUGCAAGCUAGAUGAGGAUACCUACGACGAUUUCCGUAAAGUGACUGCAGCGCCGCGUAGAGCUAACCAGAAUUAUCCCUUGCUAAGGACCAUCAAUGAGGCCACCGUUCUGGCCGCGGAUGAGCUGGCUGUUCCGGAACCGCAGCCAGAUGACUCCGAGAACGAGAUCCCGCACGGCAGCAUUGCGGAUCGAAAGAAUGCCGCAGCUUCUGUGGUCAGUUUGGGUCUGGUUUCCACCGCCAUCUUCAUGCUGCUGCACCGGAUCACCCAGUGAGGAAUCGGGAUCGGGAUUGGGAUUGGGUCCAUCCGGUGGCCAUAGGCUAAGCAACACAUCACCUUGUUUAUGUAGUCAUUAAAGUCCAAAUUGUAAUUUCUAAGGUAAAAA